AUGAGACUAAAGAAAUGCACCAACCUCACAGAAGCCUUGAUGCUAAUACCAAUGCUCUUCUUGAUGUGCUCUGCAAGCAAGAACAGCUCCUGUCCUGCACAAUGCAAGUGCACACAAGAACAGCUUACAGACAUGGGGCUUAUUUACAACAUCAACUGCAAUCGUAAAGGUCUGCUUGUCGUGCCAGACUUAACUAUUCUGACAGAAAUACGCCUCCCUAUCUAUCUCAACUUUGGCAGCAACAAAAUCACAUCUGUCUCCACGAUCGACUUCCCACCUGACCUCAACAUCUUCCGCCUAGAUUUAGACCACAAUAUGGACAUGAAUAUUGAGGAUGAUACCUUCAUCAAUUUAGCGCCCACACUGAAGAAGCUCAGCGUGGAAGCAGUGGGGUUGAUCUUUAACCGGCCUCUUGAGAUGGUGAGUUCUCUGGAGAAACUGGAAGAGCUUUCUAUUAGUCACAAUAAUAAAAUUGGGUAUGUAACUAACGCUGUCAAGGAUGUGGAAGCUGUGUUAUUUCAAAGUGAAUGGCCUGUUUCAAAAUCAAUGAAAAUACUACGCAUGUCACAUUGCAGUAUUAGGUCCCUGUCCCCAGCCAGUUUAGACUCUCUUAUAUCACUCACUGAACUGGAUCUGUCCAACAACUGGUUGACUAGCGUGCCGUCAGUCAUCAGACAUUUAAAAGAUCUGAGAAAAAUCUCAUUGUUUCGUUGUCAGAUUAGCGUGUUGGAGGAUUACUCAUUCCUGGGGUUGUCCAAAUUAGAAGUAAUUGAACUUACCACUAACCCCCUGACAACCAUAGAGAACAAUGCAUUUAUCGGUUUAGAAAACUGUUUAAAGAGACUUCAGUUAGAAUUGUGCCAUCUUCGAGACAUUCCUUCACAAGCAAUAAAAGAUUUGACAAAGCUGGAAUAUUUAGAUUUAUCACAAAACAGUUUUUCUGUAGCCACAGAUACGUCCUUUACUGGAAAGUAUUGCUUGAAGGAGCUUUUGGUCAGCGCAGAAGGGAUGCGGUUUGAGCCGCACGCAUUUUCAGGUCAAAAACAUUGCGUGACUGACCUAACAAUAAAAUCGAUGAAACUGCAGACUGUUCCACGUGAGGCUAUUGCUGAGAUAGAGAAACUGGCUCGCCUAAGCCUGGAGUUCAACAACAUCACUGUGCUACCCAGGGAAGCUUUCAGAGGAAUCAAAGCAACGAGCAUUAAUCUGGCGAACAACAAACUCAAACACAUCGAUCCUGGAGCAUUUCUAGGUCUCCCUCCCCACUUGCAUUUAAACCUGAGAAGAACUGCAGUUUCGGAUAUUGAUUUUCUCUUAGGAUAUCCUGAUGAUGCCAUAGAUACUGUCAACCUAGACUAUGCAGAAUUAGAGUGUAGAUGUUCAAUGAAGUCUGCCCUAAAUGCCACGUUGAGCGUGGAGAUCUACGGUUCAUGCACAAAAGGCCAGUACGUUGUACCACUGAGUAGUAGUAGACUUGAGGGAAUACUGGACACAGUAUGUCUGGAGGAACAGGCAUUGAAUGACGGAUACACGGCCGCCUUCCGCAGUGUGUUGUAUGGUUUCUGCUUUAUAUUAUGCGUUUUGCAACUGUGA